CGCCUGGAGAUAAUUGCAUUUCUGGCUUCAGCCACCACCUCCCUGACCUACAUUCAUGGCCGACACUACAGCAGCACCAGCACCCCCUCCUCCCGCCGCCGAUGGCGCCAUGGAAGGCGUUGUCUCAACAGAGGCCCCUGCGACGAACGGAGCACCCGCCACUAACGGCACGACCGAAGCCGCCGCCCCUCCACAGCCAGUAGCUACAGAAACACUCUACAUCCAGAACUUGAAUGAGAAGAUCAAGAUUCCCGUGCUCAAGGCCUCCCUGCGUGGGCUGUUCAAGUCGUACGGCGAAGUGCUCGACGUUGUCGCACACGGGAACCUGCGCAUGCGGGGGCAAGCGUUCGUGUCGUUCCCGUCCGCGGAUAUUGCUGCGAAGGCGUUGAAGGAGGUACGAGGGUUCCCGCUCUACGGCAAACCCAUGCAAAUUUCGUUUGCGCGGACGCCGUCAGAUGCGGUUGUGAAGAAGCAGCAUCCGAACGAGUUGGACGUGCACAAGGCGAGGCGGUUAGAACACAAAAAAAAGACUCGCUACACGAACCCUUUGAAGAUGAAGUUCAAGGCCAAGCGCGCGGCAGCAGAAGCGGACGCGGCUGCAGCCGUCCCCGUAUCCCGCCGCCCGCAUAUCCAGAUGCCCGACGAGUACCUCCCCCCGAACAAAAUUCUCUUCCUGCAGAACCUCCCCGAAAGCGUCACGAAAGACCAGCUCUUGGCGCUAUUCUCGCAAUACCCCAACCUAUACGAAGUGCGUCUCAUCCCGACAAAGAAGGACAUCGCCUUCGUCGAGUACAUGGACGAGGCCAGCGCGACCGUCGCCAAGGACGCGCUGCAUAAUUACAAGCUCGACGGAGAGAAUAAGAUCAAGAUUACGUUCGCGAGAAAGUGAGCGGGUGUACGAUCGGCGAUCGGAUUGGUGGGCUGUGGGUGCGAUCUUGCUCUGCGAUCUUGCUCUGUAUCAUUACGUCUUUUCUUUGUAUUCGAUCCCUUGAUAUAAUGCCAUCGUCGUCAAAAGGGUCAAG